AGAAGCCCCUGCCUCAGGAGGGAGCACUCAGCCUGUGCACAGUGGAGGAACAACCACACGGUGAGCUUUUCCCAGAGACUUUGUACUGGAGGCAGCUGAGGGGCUCUCUUCACUGUACCCGCCAAGGAGACAGGAAUGUGGAUGAAGAUUCCUGUGGCCCCUGUGCACUGAAGAUCAAGCCAGCCUCACACACUUCCGGGCCCUCCUACAUCCCUGAGACUCACUGCCAUCAUGAGGCUGCUCUCCCUUCUCUUUGUUCUUCUGGUUUGCCUUAUCCAGACAGCAUCAGGGUACAGAAGAAAUGACAUCUACCUUGAGUGUGGGAAAAUGGGUGGUGCCUGCAAGCACCAAAAAACCCACGGCUGCUCCAUCCUGCCUGCGGAGUGUAAGAGUCGCCACAAACACUGCUGCAGACUGUAACUGUAGCACCCAGGCCCUGAGGGUGACGGUUUCAAGGAGCUCAGCUCCCCCGACUCCUGCUUAAUAAAGGCAGCUCCACUGC